AUGGACCUGGGGACUGCUGCCGCGGCUCUCCUCGGAGGAACAACGGUCGCAGCGUACCUCGAUGCCAAAUUUCACAUCAAGAAAGAUGUCAAGGCCGUGCUCACCCUCCGGCAGGGCGAACGUGAAUAUGCAAGCGCAGUUAGUCGAGGCAAGGGGAAUCCGUGGUUUGUACUACUCGAAACUGCAAAGAAAUAUCCCAACAUGACUUGUCUCUGGACCCGGGAGAUAUCAUACACCUACCAAGAUGUACGGGAACAGGCUUGCCAGUAUGCGCAUUACUUUCUAUCUCAAGGUGUGAAAAAAGGCGACCUGGUGGGAUUUUAUCUCCAGAACCGCCCUGAGUUUAUCAUUGCCUGGGUUGCCCUGUGGAGCAUUGGCUGUGCCCCGGCCGCUAUUAACUACAAUCUCACCGGCGAUGCAUUAGUCCAUUGCCUCAGAAUCAGCGGGGCGAAGUUCACGCUUGUUGAUGAAGAUCCGACCUGUCGCUCGCGCGUGGACGAGGUUCAAAGCACGCUCACCGGGGAACUGGGAAUGCAGCUCGAGACAUUGGAUGAGGCUUUGAAAGCACGAAUCCGCUCGUACCCGACGACAUUCCCGCCAAAGGACCUUGCGCUCAAAGUAGAUGGGGAGUUCCCAGGUAUUCUACUCUACACAUCCGGCACAACCGGUAUGCCCAAGGGAUGUGCUUACACCAUGUCCCGGUUGUACACCACGCUAUUCAUUCGCCGUGGAUCGAUGAAUGAUACAGUGGGACCCCAAGGCGAUCGGUGGUACAGCUGCAUGCCAUUAUAUCACGGAACAGCUGCCAUCAGUUUAAUCACCUGCCUAGUAGAUGGUGUUAGUAUCGCACUAGGCCCCAAAUUCAGCGUUCGCAACUUUUGGAAGGAUGUGCGAGAGUCGGAAUCGACGGUUUUCGUUUACGUUGGCGAGACGGCUCGGUAUCUGCUCGCACCUCCUCCGUCGCCCCAGGACAAAGUCCAUAAGGUUCGUUGCAUGUACGGCAAUGGAUUGCGCCCGGAUGUCUGGGAGCAAUUCCGUGAGCGAUUUGGCGUCCUCGAGGUGGGCGAGUUUUUCAACAGCACAGAGGGUAUCUUUGGCCUCUUCAAUUAUAAUCGCGGUCCCUUUACCGCCGGGAGUGUUGGCCACCACGGCCUGAUAAUGCGCGGGCUUUUGCAUAAUGUAUUUGUGCCCGUUGCGAUUGACCCCGAGACUGGCGACGUUCUACGAGACUCUAAGACCGGAUUUGCCGUUCGCGCAUCCUACGAGGAAGGAGGAGAGAUAGUGGUUAACAUUCCAAACCAAGAAGCCUUCCAGGGAUAUUGGCGGAACGAGAGUGCAACUGAGAAAAAGUUCCUACGUGAUCUCUUCAAGAAAGGUGAUCUGUACUACCGCUCCGGUGAUGCACUUCGCAGACAAAGUGAUGGUCGCUGGUACUUCCUCGACCGUCUUGGAGAUACUUUCCGCUGGAAGAGCGAAAAUGUUGCAACCGCCGAAGUCUCCGAGGUCAUCGGCAAGUUCCCCGGCGUUGCGGAGGCAAACGUCUACGGUGUGAAACUUCCCAACCAUGAAGGUCGAGCCGGUUGCGCCGCACUACAAAUCACGCCCGAGGCUAGACAGACGUUCGACUUUGCUGCACUCGCGCGUUUUGCCCAAUCGAAGUUGCCUCGAUAUGCUGUUCCAGUCUUCCUGCGCGUUGUGGAGAACUCAACACACAUCCAUAACCACAAGCAGAACAAGGUUCCGCUGCGCGAUGAGGGUGCAGACCCGUCGCUUAGGGGCACGAAGGUGGCUGAUGGUGGGGAUGAUAACUUUUUAUGGCUCGCUCCCGGAGAAAAUGAGUAUUCGCCCUUUGGAAAGGAAGAGUGGGACAGGAUAAGUAAUGGCCAGGCAAGACUUUGA